GGACACAGCACCAAUUGGAUUGCCGUACUUAGUUCAUCCCACAUCGGAGACCUAGAGACAGCCAAUUACACAAUGGAGCACCAGGCCUUAACGAAAGAAAAGUUUGUCGAGAUUCUUCAGAAGCAUGAAUCUACCCAGGACGUGAAGCUCAUCAAGAUCAAUUUGAAAUCUGGGGCUGAAAAGGGCCAGAAUUACUCUGGCUUAGUUGUAGCUUGCCAUUUAGAAGCCGAAAUCAAAGGCCAAUCGAAGACCUACAAUUGGAUGGCCAAAGUGCCCUUGGAUGAUCCGAACCGAUUUGAUAUGGUUCGUGGUACCUUUCUUGACAAGAACGAGGUCAUUUUCUAUGACGAACUCGUUCCGGCCUUGAAGGCCUUUCUGGUUCGCAAAGGCUCCGACAUCAAACUAGACUUCUGUCCCUGUGUCUACACUGACUUCAAGGAAGACAUUCCAAGGGAACAAUGUUCUCUUGAAUCCCUGAUCAUUAUGGAACAUCUGGCUCAAUUCGGUUACACAGAACCCAUCGACAAGAAAUCAGGCCUUGAUCUGGCCCACGUGAAAUUGGCCAUUAAGUCCUUGGCCAAUUUCCAUGCCACAUCGUAUGCUUUUUUCAAGAACAAGUAUGGAAGUGUGGAAAACAUGAUUGAAAAGGAACCUAUUUUGGCCAGGGAUUAUUUCGUGGCCCAGCCUACAGACACUUUUGGAAGCCUGAUGGAUCAGUUCAACCAAGGAAUGCUGGUCAGUUCCCUAUCCUCUUUGUCCAACUCAGACGCUAAUGGAGACAAAUAUGUGGAAUCUUACUUGAGAUUUGCAAAAGAAAAGAUGGAGCCCCUCAAGUUGCGAGCUCAACUAACCGGACCGGACGUAUGCAAAUUCAACGUCCUCUGUCAUGGCGACCCUUGGUUUAACAACAUGCUUUUCAAGUACGAAGAUGGUCCCCAUGGGACUAAACCUGUCGAUAUUUGUUGGGUGGAUUUGGCCCUAACCAAGUGGGCCUCGCCGACCACAGAUAUAUCAUAUUUUAUGUAUAUGUCAACCACGUCUGAGCUACGGAAAGCCCAUAUGAAUGAAAUCUUGGAACUGUAUCAUCAAACACUUACAAGUGCACUCAAUUCAGUGGGAGAAGAUCCAAACUUGAUCAGUCUAAGUGAGUUGAAGGCGGAUUACAAAAAGUGUUCCUUUUAUGGUUUUAUGAUGUCCUUCAUGUUCUUGCCGAUGCUUUUGGCCCGGAAAGAGGAUGUUUUGGGUGCAGAUGAAUUCACUGGAGAUUUUAAGGACCCUAAUGUCGUGGCAGACAUGUUCAAGAUGGUAAAGGAGCGAAUCAAGAUCAUGAUGGAAAAUGAACCUAAGAUUGGACAUCGCAUUUCCACUGGGUUUUUGGAAAUGGUGGAGAGCGGAUAUUUUACGCUGUAAAAAUAUGUUGUUUCACCUCUCUGAAUACAUUAAACGGAGAUGAGGUAUUAUAUGAAA